CCCCGCGAUGACCCGAAGAGGCAGCUAGUGAUGUGACGACGAUAGAGAAAAAAGAAGAAAGAGACAGACUAUUCCACGAGGGAACCGGUUCCGGGAAGCGGAUGCUGGUUAAUGUUCCGAUGUAGCCUCGCAAGCAUGGUAGUGUUAUUACCACACCUUUCCGGCAGGAGUCACAGACCGAAGUCGUAUGUACAAACCCAUGUUGCGCUCACAGCGCACAGUUCGAACGGACCAGGCCGUCCGGAUUGCGGCUGUGAACGAGAUUCAUCAUUAGUAUCACAAAGACCAGCAAAUGGGGGAGGGUGUGGGAGGGGACUGGCAUCCGCAUCAGGCGAGAGCCAGGGAGAAAGGAAUAGGGUGGCGAUGGAGGUGUGGCGGAGAAGGGAGUCUAUCUGCAAGUCAAGGCGAUGGAUGGCGGUGGAGAUAAAGGCAGCGGAGUGACCAGUGUAUCGGAAAGGCAAAGAGAGAGAGAGAGAUGGGAAGGGAUAUGAAAAAGCAAUCUACCAAAAAUCAUUAAAAGCUUG